AGUAGAUCUCGCAUCUGAGUGAGUGUAGCUCACACACAACCAAAACGUUGUCACGUAAAUCACCAAUCACUGAACCAGAAGUAAGGAAAGAAGAGGAAGAGAACCACGAAAUGCCGAGGUUUAACGCGGCGUCAAGAGUGGUGAUGAUGUUGAUUUGUAUGUGGAAGGUGGGGAACUGCAUGCGGUUCGACCUCGAAUCGGGCCGCUCCAAAUGCAUAACAGAGGACAUCAAGAUCAAUGCCAUGACUGUUGGCAAGUACUCCCUCGUCAAUCCUAACGAAGGCUAUCCAAUCCCUGACGAUUACAAGCUCACUGUCAAGGUGAACUCACCUCAGGGACACAACUAUCAUCACUCGGACCAUGUCGACUCGGGUAACUUUGCAUUCACAGCAGCUGAAGCAGGCGACUACUUGGCAUGUUUCUAUGUGCCCGAUCUCAGGCCCCCGAGGACAUUGGUGAUAGAUUUUGACUGGCGGACCGGCGUUGCCGCCAAGGACUGGUCUAGCGUUGCUAAGAAGGGUAACAUCGAAGCAAUGGAAGUCGAGUUGAAGAAGCUGCUGGACAAGAUCGCAUCCAUUCACGAGGAGAUGUUUUAUCUUCGCGAGAGGGAGGAAGAGAUGCAAAAGCUUAACAGGUCGACCAACUCCAAGAUGGGCACCUUCAGUUUCCUCUCACUCCUGAUUUGCUUGUCUGUGGCUGGUCUGCAAUUCUGGCAUCUCAAGUCAUUCUUUGAGAGGAAGAAGCUCCUUUAAGCCUCUAAUUUUAGACUCGAAAACCUGUCAUUUGAAGCGCUGUCAUAUGCUUUUAUAGUUCUCAUCAUUUCAUUCUGCAUCUGCCUUAUGCAGAUGUGAACGGAUUGAUUCAACUUUCAUUGAUCAUGCAGCCGGUCGGACUAUGAUGAUUGAUCUAUAACAAUGCUUGUAGCUUUUAUAUUUGUACGUCGAUCAUUCACUUCUAUAUGGAGUUAGAAUAAUUGCAGCCCA